ACGACGACGUACUUGGCAUCAGGAGAACGGUGAUGGAAAAGGUGGUGGUAAAGAAGGCGAAGGUAGGUGACGAUGGUAUAGCGUUAGAUUUUGAAGUAGGAGAUGAAGCUGUUGAGAUAAUCAAAGCUAAGAGCUUUUCCCUGCCAUGUCCAUUGUUAGUGUUUUCGCCGACUACAGAAGGUUCCUAUCCCGUUUUACUAUUUUUCCAUGGAUUCUGUCUCCACCCCAACUGCUACAAGUCCCUCCUCCUACAUAUUUCUUCCCAUCAAUAUAUCGUUGUUGCUCCUCAGUUUUCUCCUAUGACAUCCCACAGCGAAGUGAAAAAAGCAAGAAAAAUAGCAAAGUGGUUAUCAACUAACAAUCUCGACUCCAUCCUGCCGCAGAAAGUUCUUCCGGACCUCCUCAAAGUUGGCAUCUCCGGCCACGGGAGAGGCGGUAAAACAGCAUUCGCCUUAGCUUUAGCCUACGGAUCAGGCAGCAAGGACGGAUCCAGCUCUUCAGGUCCGCCUCCAACUAAAGAAAAACAACCCCCUCUCAAAUUCUCAGCACUCCUCGGAAUUGAUCCAGUUGGUGCAAGGUCCUCCGGUUUCUGCUCUCCAAAUAUACUCAAAUUUAUUCCUUACAGUUUCAAUGUUUCAGUCCCCAUAGCCGUAAUUGGUACCGGCUUAUCAAAUCAACGAGCUUAUGGUAUAUGUCCGCCCGGCGCACCAAAUGGGGUUAACCAUUCUGAAUUUUUCAAUGAGAGUAAGCCGCCUUGUUACUAUUUUUUGGCUAAGGAUUAUGGCCAUGCUGAUAUUUUGGAUGAUAUAAAUAGAAUGACAACUUUAAUGGGCAUUAUGAUGAAAAGUGGAAAGGGAUCAAAGGAUACUCUAAGAAGGACUAUAGGAGGGUUAUUUGUGGCGUUUCUCAAGGCUUAUUUGGAAGGUCAAGAAGAUGAUUUAAUUAAUAUUGUUGAAUCCCCUGAUAUUCGUGCUCCGAUUAAACUUGAUCCUGUUAUAUCUAUCGAGGAGUAAUUACAUAUGAUCGAUACUCAUGAAACAAAUAAGAGAUUAUUUCCUCUUAAUACUUUCCGGGGGAGUGUAUUGUAAAAUAUAAUACAUGUAUUAGUUAAUUUGUAUUACUAGUAUCUUGUUUGGUACUCUUUUUAUCUAUGUAUAACUAAUGCAAUCAUUAGUUAUACAUUUUAUUAUGUAUUGAAGUGUGUAUUAGUAAUACACUCUAUUUACUAUGUAUUAGUAAUACAAAGACUUUUAACACAUGCAUUAAUUUA